AUGUCUUCUCUCUCACUCUCUUUGUCUCUCUCUCUUUCUCUCUCUCUCUCUAUCUAUCUAUCUAUCUAUAUGAAUACAAUUCUUCUCCCCCCAUCUAUGGUCUUUCUCCCCUCGCUCUCAUCUUCCCCGAACACGACCGCCUGGGGUUCCAAAUUUUAUGCCAUAGCUCUCGCUCUUCUCAAUUCUCAGUCAUAUGCCGAACCUCAUCAGCAUUGUAAUUGUUUUAUUGGCUUUCUCAGUUGGAGGUCGGGACGAGGGGCAUUUUCACUUCAUUUCUCUUUUUCGCUAUUCUUUCAUUUUUCCCUCGCUUUUUUUCUCGGCCAUUUAUCUUUUUUGAUUAUAUUCUUCUUUCUUUCCCUAGUUUUCUUUCUACUUUUCUUUUUCUUCUCUCUUUCUCUUUUUAUCUGUUUUUGUAUGUUUUUGAAUAUUUGCUUCUUUUUUUUUUGUUUGUUCUUUGUUUACAUUUUCCUUUUUUCUUUUUCAUUCUCUAUUUUUAUUUCCUCGCUUUUUUUUGUCUUUGAACACUAUUCUUUCUUUCUUUCUUUCUUUCUUAUCUCUGGCCAUUUGAAUUGUUUUUCUCGUUCCUCACUGAUAUUUUUCUUUUUUUAUUUUUCCUUUCUUUCUUUCUCAUCUCUGGCUUUUUUAAUUCUUUCUUUCUUUCUAUUCAAACUCUAUUUGAAUUCUGUCUUUCUUUCCCCACUGAUAUUUUCUUUCUUUUAUAUUUUCUUUCUUUCUUUACUAUUACCUACUUUUUCAUUCUUUCUCAUGUUUUUUAUAUUUCACAUUCUUGUCCGCCUUCUUUCUUUCUUUCUUUCUUUCUUUCUUUCUUUCUUUCUUUCUUUCUUUCUUUUAUGUUUGUUUCCUAAAUUCGUUCUUCUAGAUUAUUAUUUCCCUGAUUUCAUUGUUUAUUUUUUCCGGUUUCAUUAA